GAUGCGGCGGGUCACCCGCCCGAGCCCUCAUGACCUGCACGAGAGAUGCGCGACUGCAGCUGGGCCGGGAAGCCCUGCAGGCGGCGCCUACGCUGCUGGUCCCCGCAGUGCUACUGGGUGCCUUACUCGGCCUGGGCCUCGGCCUGUGGCUCGGCUGUCGUGCGAGGCGCUUACGCGCGCGACUCCAGAAAGAUGACACAAAACAUCUGCUCAGGAGUUCGGAGCCCCCUGCACAGAGCCUCCGGGACACUAGCUCCAAAGCCAGGAGGCGCCAGAGAGAAACCACUCGAGAUGAAGAUGCUCCUGAGGUGUGUGAGCCGUCCUUGAGUGGCAACAUCACGGCCUUUGCACUGAAAGCCAGAGUUGUCUAUCCCAUCAACCAGAAGUUCCGGCCUCUGGCUGACGGAUCCUCCCACCCAUCGCUGCAUGAAAACCUGACACAGGCAGCAGCCAUCCUGCCUCACAUUCCCCACCAGCCGGCAGAGGCCUCGCCAGCCAGCAGCCUGGGCAGCCUGAGCCAGGCUGGCAAGGAGGAUGGCAGCUCCUCCUCCAGCAUGCAGUCAACCUACAGCGACGACAGGGUCCUCCAGUGUGCCUUCCUCCGGGUGGGCAGCUUCCCUGAGAUUCUGGCCUAUGAGAGUGUAGAUAUUGACCUGUGUGUCUGCAGCCUUCACCUGAAAGACCUGCUUCAGGUAGACACGGCGCUGAGGCAGGAGAAGCACCUGAUGUUCCUUCAGAUUCUUAAAGCAUGCCUCCUGGAAUGUUUUCCUAAAAAGAAGCCUGAGGAGGAAUUAUACCAGAAGAUUCUUUCCAAACAAGAACAUGAUUUGGAGGAAUUAGAAAAAGGACUUCAGGCCAGAUUGGCAAACACAGAAAUGUUAGGUACCGGCGACUCUGGCUACGUUUCCCUGGCAGAUGUGGAGAGGAAGGAGAGAGAGCUCUCAGAGCAGCUCAUAGACAAUAUGGGAGCUUUCUGGAAGCAGAUGGAAAGCAUCCAGCCCAUUCUCAUGGACCAGCUUAAGUGUUCCAGCUCCAAAGCACGGCAGCUCAUGAUGACUCUGACGGGAAGAAUGAUUGUUGCUGAAGGACUGCUGCAUGACUCUCAGGACCUGCAUGUCCUGGACACUCUGGAGAGGACAAUGGGUCGAGCCCACAUGGCAAGAAUUGUAGAGUUCCUGAGGACCCAGAUCCAGGAGGAGACCAAGUGCCGGCUGGCCGCCAUCUCUCGUGGCCUGGAGCUGCUGACUGUCCAGGGGCAGCUGUCUGGGAGGCAGAAGGAGGAACUUCUGACCCAACAGCACAAGGCCUUCUGGGAGGAGGCAGAGUGCUUUGGCAGGGAGUUUAUGCAGCGGGGCAAAGACCUGGUCCAGGCGUCUCAGGCUCACCGGGCAGAGGCAGUGGCAGAGCUCACACGGGCCCAAGAAGAAGAACGGAGGAUUUUCCUGGCUGAUACCCAGCCAACCUCAGAUCCGGAAGAGUUCCUCAAGGCUUUUCAUGAGGUACUGGAGAGGCAGCGGCUGACACGGAGUGACCAGGACGGGGAGGAGGACACCAGGAUCACUGAGGCCAUGGCUGCCCUCUGCCAGGAGCUCUACUGUGGCACCAUGGAAACGUUCCAAAAGUUUGUGGACACCCUGUUUCUGAAGACCCUCCCGGAAGUGAGCAGCCUCCCUGUGGCAGAAUGCGAGGCCCUGAGGCAACAGGUCCAGGAACAGGCAGCAAGGCAACUGGGGCAGGCAGACCGAUUCCGCAGACGACAGUGGGAGCUCCUGUGUGACCUCUUGGAGCAGGACAAACGGGUGUGGCUGGAGGAGUGCACGCUCUCCACAGUGCUACAGAGGCAGCUGCGGGAUCACCACGAGAGCACCAUCCACAGGGUCCUGAGCAGAUUCAGUGGCCUCUCGGAAGAGUCCACACGAGGCAUCCUGCAGGGACAUGAGCUGCUGCUGUGCUCUGCUCUGCGCAGACUGGCCCUCCGAGGUACCACCAUCACUGCCCUGGCUCAGAUGAGGCUGUCUGGGAAGAAGAGGCUCCUGCAGGAGCUACAUGAGCAGCUGGCUUUAGAGCAGGGUGUGUCCCCAUGCCUGGAGGAGCAUCAAUGGCAGCUGCUCAGAGCCCUGGAGGCACGGAUCCUGGAGGAGACAGCCAGGUUGGAGGAUGAGGCACAGCAGACCGCUCUGCGACUCCAGCAGCAGCUGCUGGCGGAGGUACAGGAAGCAGGUCAGCUGCUGCAGCUGCACUCGGAGCGAGCCAUUGGGCAGGCGCUGCUGGUACAUGCUAGGAAUGUAGCCAGCAAAGGCCGGACCAGGGAUAAGGAAGACUUUAAGAGGACGCUGGUGGAGACGGUGGUGGAGAGUGUGUAUGUGACCAGCACUAGUGUCAACCGCCUUGUGCAGGUGCAUUACCAGGGCAUCGGGAAGCUCCUGCAGGCCCAUGAGGAACAAUUGCUGCAGCGCCUGAAGACCCUACAGGAUGAGAGAAUCAAUGCUUACAAGCUGUGGAAGAAGCAAGAAUUCAGUGACCCACCAUCAGAGAGCCAGACACCAGGCAGUACCCAUGGAGCGCCCCAGGCGGUACAGCAGAGGAUGACGUCACAGCGGAAGAAGCUCCUGGACCAGUUCACAAAGCACCAGCAGGGCCGCCUGAACUCUCAGAGGCAGAAGGCACAAGAGCUGGACCAGCUGGAAGCCCAGCUUGAGACCCAGCUGCAGGAAGCUGAGCAGACCCUUAUCUCAGAGCUGGCGACAUUGGCCCGAGUGCCCCUUGCUGAGAACAAGCCAUUCUCCAACAAGCGAGGCCUGCCAGAGAAGCCAGUAAGGACCAAAAGGAAGAAGCCCCCACCUCGGGAGAGAGAGGACCUGGGGCUACCAAACGAUGACCACCCUGCCUUGGCCGACCACUCCACAGGACCACUCAGUGCAAUGUACUCAGCAUCGCCACCCAUCCUUGUCCACAGCAGCGGAAGGCUGGGUCAGCAGGACGGCGAAGCUGGCGAUGGAGAAAACACGAGGAAGAUACUGCAGAAAAGAAGCAAUCUGUGAGCUGCUGAGACGGCCUGCCGUGCACCUCACUUCCUCUGUGUGACUGGGGGACAGAAGGAGAGGCCAGUCUUGAGAGAGGGGAUGCCACCUGCCUUAGAAAGAGAAGAUGGCGAGACAACAGCACCAAGUGCCUGGGAUCGGUGGGGACGGUGGGGACAUGCCCUUGAGAAUGUAGCAUCUCAGCUUUCACCCUGGACCUCUUGCCCUGAUCUCUUCCUCCCUCAGGAGGGCCCUCUACCCCUGCCCUCCAGCCUCACACAGUGUCUUGGUGCUACCUAACAGUCUGGUUAGAGAUUGGAGACCCUGAUUCCCAGCAUGCAUGAAGUCCUGCCCAUCAGGGUCUCAGCAUGGCUGGUAUUUUCCAGGCCUGAGGCCACUGUUUCACCUCCACCAUUCCACAGUCAUCUCCUGGUCCCCAGCUCUGGCUGCCAGGGUCCCGACUGGAACCAAGUUUUGGCCUUGCUAUUUCUAUCUGUUGGCUCAGGUAGCCCUGGGACCUGGGCACCCAAGGAUGUGUGAGUUCCAGGGCCGACGCUCUUGGCAUAGCAACAGAGUUCCAGACAGACCUGUUCUGAACCACUCAGAACAUGGGGAUCACUCUUGCCUGU